AUGGCCCACGUACGUCAUUCGGUCGACCGUGAAGACGCUCCAUUCCUUGACUCCCCCGAUCCGAGCUCCUCCGCACAUCGUCAUGUUCAUUCCAAGCCUAGCAUCGGCAGCCGGUCUGUCGACGCCAAUGCCUCCGCUAGUGCCAUCACAUUCCGCUUCAAGCUGAUCUUGUUCUCCAUGAUCCUCGCGGUGGAAAUCGGCUUCGCCUUCUUGGAAGGCCCUAUGACCCGGAUCAUGGAGGCCAUUACGUGUCGGCAGUACUUUUUGGUGGCUGAUCCGACUAAGAUCGGGGCUGAUGGACAGGUGCCAGAGGCUAUGUGCAAAAUUGGAGAGGUACAAGCAGAGUUGGCUGCGGUGAAAGGAUACCACAUGUUCUUCGAUGGGACUUUGUGUGCUAUAUUGGCAAUUCCAUAUGGUCUGCUGGCAGACCGCCGUGGCCGCAAAGCUACGCUCGCACUGUCUCUUCCCGGGUUCGCCUUGAACACGGUCCUUACACUCACUGUGCUAUGGUUUUCGAAUAUAUUCCCUCUGCGAGCCCUUUGGUUUACUGCCUUGACUUGGCUUGUCGGAGGUGGCCCUGUCGCGGCAUUUGCUAUCAUAUGGACUAUGAUGGCUGAUGUCACUAACGAAUCAGAACGAGCGGGGAUAUUCUUCCAAUUUGCUAUCGUUUCUAUGGGUGCAGACUUUGCUUCUAGUUCAAUCAGUUCCUAUCUGAUGACUCUAAACCCGUGGAUCCCGCUGAUGAUUGGAUUCACAAUUGUGAUGGGCGGCGUGACACUUAUUCUGCUAUUACCAGAAACAAAAUAUGCUGUGCCAGACAAAUCCGCUCCCAUUGCUCCUGUUGAGCUUUCUGACCUGACGGAUGAAACCGAGCCGAAGCAUUAUAUACACGAAACUAACGAGUUGGAGCCAUAUCAUGACGAGGCCGAUGUCAAUGGUGACCGGGCAAAUGAACCUCCGUCUUGGAGUAUUCCGUCUUAUUCCCAUCAGUCCGUGCUGGCCAAGUUCCGUGCCAACUACCGCUUCUAUCUGAAGCCAUAUGUCUUCAUCCUAAACCGCAAACCAGUGCUGCUCCUCCUUACAGCAUUUCUCGUCUAUCGCCUCAGUCGAGGGUCGUCCUGGUUCCUAGCUCAAUAUAUAUCGACCCGUUAUGCUUGGACCUUGGCUGAAGCCAACUUUUUGGUCGCUUGCCGACCAAUUGUGUCAAUUCCACUUUUCCUUUUUGGUUUGCCAUACCUAAAAAGUCGGGUCCUGAACCCCCGAAGCUCAUCAACCGAGAAAGACCUCUGGCUCGCUCGUGGAAGUAUAUUUUGCUUAACACUGGGGACCUUGGGUAUUGGGCUUUCCCCGUCCGUCGCCGCCUUGAUCCCAAGUAUGAUUGUGCAGGCAUCAGGAUCCGGAUUUGUGUUCAUCACUCGGUCCAUUAUUACUACCCUGGUUGAAAGGGAUGAGACAGCGCGCCUGUUCACUGCGGUUGAAAUUAUCCAGUCACUAGGCAACGUUAUUGCAAGCCUUUCCAUCACUACUGUCUUCCAGAUUGGUCUGCGCCUUGGUGGGUUCUGGAUUGGACUGGCAUGGAUGAUGACCAGUACAUUGUUCUGUCUGGUCGGAGUGGCUAUCUGGUGUUUUAGGCUGCCUCCUGCUCCUACCCCAGAAUUCGUGGUUGACGACUAUGAAGAGGGUGACCAUCCCCUAUAG